AUGGAUCCUCUCCAACACAGAAGCAUCACCACAGCACACAUUAGUUACCCUUUUAAAUUUCACCACAACAUUUUCAAAAAUACGACAAGCCAAACCAAGCAAACCAUGAAUACCAUUAGUGAAACCGCUUCGUUAAUUCAGCAAGGUUGCAAUUUGGCUAGAGACCUGGAAUCAAACCUUUCCAACUUAUUGGCAAAACAACCUGAAACUGUUUCCAAAUCCUUGGACCAAAUCAUGAGGGCUUUCAGUGCAGCUAAAGAGAGACUGCAGAGUAGUACUAGUAGUGCUGCACAACAAGACCCUAUGAGUUCAUACGUUCAUGUCGUGCAGCAGCAGCAGCAGAUUGAUGCGUGCUUGCAGGAAUGGCUGAGGUGUAACUACACACAGGCAAUGGAGGAUCGUUACAUCCAAACGCAGCGCUUCACAGCCGAAAAGAGUAGUGCUGCUACUCCAUCCGAUAUAAAGGAUUCUGGAGCUGACAAACUUCAAGGCCAAAUCCAUCAGGCAAUGGAUCAUGUUGCAACAGUAGUUUCUCAUGAAAUCAAUGCGGUUUCGUCCUCACAAAGCAGAUCACGAAGAAGGAGGGAUCAUGGGGAAAUUCGUAAAUUGACCGUGCCGGCACCUCAUUUUGGGAAUACUGAAAUCCCGCCAGAGGAUGGCUUCACUUGGCGAAAAUACGGCCAGAAGGAGAUCAUGGGAAGUACGUUCCCAAGGGGCUACUAUAGGUGUACCCAUCAAAAAUUAUACAAUUGCCCAGCCAAGAAGCAAGUUCAGAGGCUUGAUAAUGAUCCCUUAACAUAUGAAGUAAUGUACAGAGGUGACCAUACAUGUCAUAUGUCGUCCACUGCACCCUCAAUUCUACCACUAUCUGAUCAAAUUAAGGAAGAGACUAUGAUCGAAGGUCAUUCAGCAACCACUCAAUCCUUAGGAACAUGGCUCUCCAUGGACUUCAAUGCGAGAGGUGGAGGAAGCAGCGGCGGCGGCCACAGUGAUGAUGAUAGGUUAGGUACGACGUCGAUCACGACGACCACGCGUUAUGGGAAAGAUGUUGAGUUUCCGGUGGUGGAUUUGGCUGAUGCAAUGUUUAACUCAGGGAGUAGCAGCAGUAAUAGUAUGGACUUCAUGUUCACUUCGUCUAUGGACAGUAAAUGGGAGUCCGGCGACAAGAAAAAUUGACUGCAUGCAUGGGGCUGCCAGGUGAAGAAUUACACAGAUGUUCCUUGAGGUGCUUCUUAUUACAAUUAAUUGAUCUAAAUUUGUGAAACAAAUCGAAAUGUUAGCUAAAGCUUGGUAGGUAUUUGUAAUCGAUCUGAUAUAUUCUUUAAUAGUUUACUUGACAACUUAUUAUCACUAUGACAAUCAAUCUUAAUUUCUUUGUACACAACAAUAAUUAGUUCUUUUGUAUCAUGAACGUAUA